GGCCUCCGUGUUGAAGCACACACGUUGUGGUGAGCCGACAAUUGAUUGAGGUCUUCAUAUCAUUUUGGAGCUGCCUCUCUUGUGUGGAGCCCGGAGCAUUGAUCUCAGGUAUCGACAAUGGGAAACGUGCAAGCUUCGACAGCACCGCCCGGUUCUCCUUCCGACUUUGCGCCACCGCCCCCUCCACCUCCCGAAGGAGAGAAAAAGGAUGCGAUCGUUCAAGACCUGCCAGAGAACCCGGGCUCCCUAGAGGACCUUCACAAGAAAGUCAAGGACUUGAUGCCGAUAUGUUUCGAAGGCGCUCGAGUUAUUGUGAAUAAGGGACUCAGCAACAACUUCCAAGUGUCGCACACCUUGAACAUGAGUAAUUUGACGCCGAAAGGCUAUCGAUUCGGAGCGACUUAUGUCGGCAAGACCCAUUAUACGCCGGAGGACGCUUCCCCGAUCCUCAUGGGUGACAUCGAUCCAUCGGGAAAUCUCAAUGCCCAGUGCGUAUCUCAAUUAUCUCGGAGACUGCGAGGGAAGAUGGUCGCUCAGGUCCAAGAUAAUAAAUUCGUGACCACGCAAUUCUCCGGCGAGUACACGGGAAUAAAUUAUACGGCGACACUCUCGGCCGGUAACCUUGAUUUCAAGUCGCGGUCAGGGGUUCUGGUUGCUCAGUACCUACAAAAUAUCCAGCCGAGAGUCGCUCUUGGUGCCGAGUACGCUUACCAGUACGCACCGCAGAUACCAGGUGGCGGAGUUUCGGUUCUAUCCCUGGCCGGCAGAUACACCGGCGAGCAGUGUGUCAUCGCUGGCACUUUGGGUAUGGUUUCAGCUCACGCAUCGUACUAUCUCCGAACUAACUCAAGCACACAAGUUGGGGUUGAGGUCGAAACGAACUAUCGUAUCGGAGACAGCGUGGCGACGCUCGCCUAUCAAAUGGAUCUGCCAAAGGGAAAUAUGGUAUUCCGAGGCAUGGUAGAUUCCACCUGGACGGUGGGAGCCGUAAUGGAGAAAAGAUUGGCCCCUCUGCCGUUCACCUUCUGUAUGUCGGCCAUGUUGAAUCACGUGAAGGGAUCCUCACGCAUCGGCUUGGGUCUCAUAAUUGGUUAAAUCGAUUCUGUCUGCUAAAGACAAAUGGAGAUCGAACAAAACUAUUGUUGAUUGGUGGCUCGAUGCGGAACCCAAAAGUGUGUCUCGUGGAGUCGAGAAAAACUAGAUCGGUGUGUGAGAGCGGAGGAGCGAGAGCAUUUCUCACGCUCUGUCGGCCGACUUCUGGAUCUCGUUCAAGAGAAGAAACCUGAUGCGAGGUUGACUGUGGAAUUGAUUUCGUGACGAAGUAUUUGGAUUAAUCGGUCUGUCGCCAAUAGGGUUCCAGAAGCGCUGUCGGUUCCAAGCCUGCGUGAGUUCAACGAUCGAGUGGUUAGAAUGCGUCGAUAUGCAGAAAAGUACAUUUAAGAUGAAAGUGAGCGACUUAGUUGAAAAAUGCCGGUCAAUGAGGGGAGGGAGAUGCUUUCCUUCUGCUGGGGAAUUUGACAAACUAUCGCUGACCGUGAAUUUUUGUAGUAGAAACGCGUACAAGGAAAUAAAUGUAUAUCUAGAGCACAUUUUUUCUAAGAAAA